AUGGCCUCGAGACGGCUCAAUCUUCACGUCUCUGCGCUGAAUGACGCUGAAUAUCAACUAUAUACGUCCAGCCUGGCCGACAUCACGCUCACUGACAGCCAAGUUGACGACGGUAUUGAACACGACGAUGCAUAUUUCGAGAAUAUUUCGAUCACCGUACGGGAAGCACGAGCAUGGUUGAGGGGAAGAUACUCUCAUAUAUCAGCUGCAAUGCUGGACAAUAUAUUACGAUUCUUUUCCCCAAAUCUGUCCCAAACAGACAUGCUUUCUGGAGGCCAGUUUUUUGCAGCACUCAGACUAGUCCUACAUGUGGAGUCGGGAAAAGAUGUCGAUCGUGCUUUAGCUUUUGUUCAGGCACAUCCUUCUUCAGUUUCAAUAUCUCGGCCUUCUUCGCCUCCAAAGUCGCAGGCUCACGCUGCUUCGUCUACUGUAGGCUCAUCGCGGAGGUCGUCCGACUCUAACAAUCCAUUUUCUGCGCCUCCGCAACAUCGCACUUUCAAUACCAAUCACAACCCAUUCUCCAGCACACGGAGCGUUUCUGCAAAGUCACACGAUGGCGCUACGGACUCGACUCCUUCCAAGCUUCCUCCUCUUCCUCCCAGAAAGCCUGCACCCCCAAUCCCAGGUUUUCAACCCCCUCCGAGGCAUGGCUCGUUCGUUGUAUCGGUUGGCAAUCCGCCACCACCACCCCCACUACCUUCGAAGCCUACAUUACUACACUCACACACAUCCCACGUUACCUCCGCCUUGAUGAAGCAGAGUCUUAUAGCUUCAAAAAACGGAAAGACUUGGAAGCAAGCCGAGGAGCAGCUAGAGAAGGAAAGAGUGCUUAGAGUACUCAAAAGCUCAGAAGUAUCCUCUUCCAACUCUUCACCAUUCACCCUUAGAGGUAGGAGUUCCAGCCCAAACAAAAUGGGUUCCUCUGCUUCCUCAUCUUCAUACACUUCUUCAUCCGAUAAUAAUCGCGCUCCUCCACUCCCAAAACGUAACCAUAGUAAAAAGCCUCCGUCACCACCAAUGUCUACCACCUCAUUCCAACAAGUUGCAUUGGCAGGAAAACCUUCCACGUCCUCUUCACAUAAUCCCUUCAAAAGUAGCCCAUUCCAGCCCGUCAGUAUCAUUGACCCCCCUCGGUAUGCCAGCUCUCCAUCCACGUCUCCCGUUCGUAAAUCAGUCGAUCUACCGCAGCUACCAGGACCGCCACCCAAGCAUCCUGAUCAGAACAUGUCUUAUCGCAAACCCCCCCCUCCGAUUCCACCUAAUCUCUCUUCGUCUGCAACUUCGAGUGGUUUCCAUGUUAUUCACAAGCGCACGCCAUCGUUUACCCAGCUUCACAAAUCGGCUGAAUCCUUUGCAAAUGAUGCCGAUGAAAGAGACUUCGAAGCGAUAUAUGGCACCAAGCCCAAAACCGCUUCACCGUAUGUGUCGACAUUCUCCAGAGGGUCGACGGACUUUACAUCGUCGCGGAACAGAGAAGGGACGGCGUCGGAUUCCAGUAAUCAUUUCGAUAGAAAUGUAUUUCUGAAUAACGGUAAUUCUCCUAGCAGAAUGUUUCGUUCAAAGUCUCUUCAUCAUCCUAGUCCAACCUCUCUGGCUAAUCGUUUAGCCGCUGCCGAAUUGGGCGAUACAGAGCGGUCACCGUUCUCACCGUUAGAUGACGAUCCUCCUGACGCGUCCCCCGGACCGUCACCUGCUUCAAGAAGGAGACGUCCAGAAAGCGUGCAAGUGCUUGGGUCUAAAAAUAAUGUGUUGGGUACGAAUGAAUGGAGUCCCCCGAAGAAUAUUAGUCCCAGUGGUUCUUCCCCAAACUCGAAUCUUAGCAGACACAUGAGCCUAUCCACUCCAUCCCCUCCCAACGGUGCUGCUUCGCUUCGGAGACAUCAACGAAAGGUAUCUGGUUCCAGUCCCGGUCUAGGACUAGGCCAAUCGCCGUCGACAUCUGACAAUCCAUUAAAAUCCCUCGCGGCAUCAUUGCAGCCUCAGCUAUUGUCGAUGCAGCAGCAGCUUCAACCCCAUUUGGAUAAAGCCCGAUUCAAGGCUGAAGCCGGACUAUCUAAGCGGGGUUUCGUACGAGAUCACAAGUCGCUGAUUAGGCCUAGGGAGGAGGAAGAGGGCUUGAUGCGGGAUGAAAGAGAAGAUGGAUGGGAACGACAGAGUGUUGAGGAUGAUGAUAGUUAUGAGGAUGUCGAGGACUAUGAGCGGAAUGGACAGGGAGGUCGGGAAGAUAGGACACCAAGGAGUUUGAGUGUAACUGGUAUAGGGAGUAGGAAAGGAAGCGCGGCAUCAGUAGGGAUAGAGAAGGAUAAUUUGAAGUGGCCUGUUGGCGAGGAAGAAGGAUGGGGGCCUCUUUGA